AGUUUUGCCACGCGAUCCGCGCGCCUGUAUAAUAUCGAUUUCCGCAUAUCGUUGUCACGAAUAUAAUAUGGUAACAACUGCAACAGAGGAGCUUUGGAAAAUUGGAAGUUGGGGCCCAUCUGUAUAUAUGUUUGGGUUAUCGGAACAGGUCUCGAACCCCUCACUUGUGUUGCGUUUUCCCAUCCGGGUCAAAUUUAGGUGUCAGGAAGAUCUGACAGUGCUUAUGGAUUUGUCUGGGUUCGAACCCGGGUCUUCGGUUUUAUGGAUUCCUACUUUCCUUUAUUUAAUCUCCCCUCUGGUACGUACAGGGUUUUCCCCUCACAUGGGAAGCAUGCUUGCAUUGGGUAGUUCAAGUCAAUGGGCACUGGCGAGCUCGCAGCAUUGUGAUCGGUCUCUUAAGAGAAAUUUUCUCUGCCGCAUUGAUUACAUGAAGUUCUAAAUUUCGGCACAAUAAGUGGUCUGGCUUCUGUCAUUCCCACUCGCGUCACGAGCUUCCUAUUUAUUUUGAGAAUUAGUUUUAAUGAGUUUAGUUUAUUUUAUGGAAGCGAAGUCAGGCGCAACGCGAGAUGCGGAAACUAAUUAAGAACGGAUCAAUGUUCAGAUUUUAGUGGCAUUUUAUAUUUUUUCAAGAUGAAGAUUUGAGGCGAGGAAUAUAAAAUAUUUCCACCGUCACAGCAUGGGCGACUUUUAGUAGUGGGAUUAUUUUGCUUCAACUCCUCGGAGCUAUAUCGUCCUCCUCUCUGCCUAAGUUCAUUCACAGAAAUCUACUGUGGCACUGAACCUUUGUCUUCAGAUGGAGCUUGACUUCGAUGCUGAUUUCGUUAAAGCUGAAGAGGAAUCCUUGGGUACUCUGGUUAGAAGGAAUUCCAAAGCUGAUCGAGGGAGAAAUUUGAAGGAAAACGUUGCUAAUGAUACAGUGAAGCCUGAAAUGAACAUGGAUUUUGUGACAUCUGGAGGAGAGAAUAUUGCUAUUAAUUCAGCGACUAGUUCACUGGAAAAGGCAGCGAACAUGACAUGUAAGGGAGAAACGAAAAUGAACGCGAAUUUUGCCUCGUCUGACGAAGAAUCCUCCAGUACUCUGGUUUUAAACACUUCUGAACUUAACACAGGAAGAAAUUUGAAGGAAAAUGUAACUAAUGGUUGCAAGACCAUUAUCGGCGAAAUUGAAGCCGGAUUCAUUGAAGUUGAAAACAGGGAGGUAAAUCUAGGCGGCAAAAGCUUUGAGGCUGAACAAUCUCAAGUAACCAAGGUUGAACAUUCCGAACGGCAUGAAAAUAAAGAAUAUUUUAAUGGAGGGUCCAGUGCAUAUCCUCCCAGCGUGGACCCGUCAAAUAAAUCUGCAGUCUUGACGGAGAUGCCUGUUGAUUCGACGCAUCUAAAAGCCUCGUUACAAUCAAGCGUGUACUAUGUGGAGGACACAGGUCUAUGGAAAUGUCGCCACUGCAGUUGGGUCUACCCAGGAACAAAUCCUGGAGUAGAGUUCAUACAGAAACACAAAGAACAUUGCGAAGGUAUGAAUAAUAAGGAAGCGUUGUUUGAGCAGGUCUUCCCUGUCAAGCUUGAAUUUCAGAAGGGCUCUCAAAUCAAUGCAAAUUUGGACAGAGGAAGUGAAACUAUUGAUUAUGAAAGUAAAGAAACUGAAUUUGUUAUGUCUGAGAUGGUGAGCCAAACCAUGACAGAGAAGCAAAAUGAUCAGAAAUGGCCUAGUGCAGAAGGCAUUCGGGAAAGCUAUUAUACAGAUUCAGAAACUUCCACUGGGGCAUAUGUAACUCAAUCAAUUCUUACAGGAAAGUUUAAUCAAAUAGAAAACAUAAAAAAUGAAAAGAGUGCUUUUCUUGAUUCACAUAUUUUUUCAGAGAUUGGAAGUACUGCUACUGUGAGAGAUGAAGGGCUUACGAGUAAUGAAUGUCAAGACAAAGAAGAAAAUUCAGUGAUUAAAGAAAAUCAUCAUUGGAAUGGUGUGUUCAAAACUGUCUUACAGCAAUCACAAGAUGUAUUUUUAAGGGAAAAAGAUGAGAAACAACUGAGAGAAAACCAGAUUAGGAUACUUGAGAAAAGUGCAUUGGAAGGAAACGUAGAAGAUAUUGUCAAAAUUCUGAAGGAACAGCAAUCACAUGACUUAGUUUGCCCUAACUGUGGAUCAUGCAUAACUAAACGAGUCAUUUUACGUAAAAGGAAGCGGACAAGUCUGGUUUCAGAAGGUAAUACUGAUGUACGAGCUGCUGUAUCAGAAGAAGAAGACGAAAUAACUGGAGACCAGAGCAACAGGCCAGACAUUGAACAUGUUGAAGAAACUGAAGCUUUUGGAUGCUUGGCAUGCUUUUCCCUUUUCUUCCAAAGAGUGGUGCCAGGUGUUAAAUUUUUUCAAACCAAAUCAGGAUCUGGCAACAACAGUUUGGCCGAGCAAUACCCAUCUGAGAAUCUUCAAGACUCAAGAAUGCUGUUAGAGAAAGAGAAAGAUAGCUUUUAUUGCUUUCCAUUUAUUUAUCCUUGGGGCCACAGUAAACCAGGAGACAAACUGAAAGAACCUUUACUCAACAAACAAUAUUCUGAAAAAGGAAAAGCAUUGGCUUUAGAUGAAAGUGAUUCUUAUGGGAGGUUGGAAUCAGGUGCAAAAGCUGAUUAUGCCAUUGAAACUUCUCAGAGAAAGAGUGGAAAGGAGGCAGAAAGCAUACCAAAGACAAUGUCUUCAGAAUCUAAUUUGAGAAUUGUUGACGCCCUCCACCAGAAUGUAGCUUUAAGUGCAAUACCAACUACAACUAUUGGAACUGGGAUCCUGUUGAAGAAUGACGGAGAGAAAACUACAGCAGUAAAUGAAGUUGGUCUAGACGAAGAUCACACAGUUGCAGAAAAUGUCAAAUUGGAUUCCCUGUUGAAUGUUUCUGACAAAGAUGAUGAUGCAGUUAAAGAAUUCACGGAAAAGCUACCAAAUCGAGCAGCAAGUCAUUCGAACAUCACUAUUCAGAAUAUAGCGACCUACACGUCCACUACAACAAAAUCAACUCUCACAUAUUCAAGUCGAGUGGACAAUGUAGAAAUCAAAGAAACAAAUUAUACAGCUACAGAGACAACAAAAACUACUCCAUAUCUGAAUGGAGAUAGUGAAUCCCUACAACUAGAAGAACAACAUCCACGGCUUCCAAAUUUAGAAGUUACUGAAGGCCGAUUUAAAAUUCCACCUUCGAUUAGCAUUCCCGCUCUAAAUGACCAAACUGGUCAAGUUGAGGCAAAAUUAGAAGUACCCAAUGAGUCUGUAUCUGAAGAAAUAUCAGAUAGGCAUGUUCAGCAUGCGGAUAAACUUGCUGAAUCAAAACAGUUGGAGAAGCAGCAUGUAUAUCAGAAAGAUGUGAAAGGGACAGAAGAUCAUCUGACAGAACUUUCUUUUAGUGCUUCUUCUGCCUUAAGUGAAGAGCACCAGCAGAGUAAAACAGAACAACACUAUGUAUACGCAUCCUCAAAACAUGUGGAUAAAGUUCCUUGUGAAAUAGAGACAAGCAUGGAUGAGAAUAGGAUUCGUCCACAGUUAGUCACACAGGGAGAAGCGUCCAAUGGGAUGCCAGACACGGCAGGAAAUAAAGAGUUACUCAGAAGUGAACAUCAACCCAAUGAUUUGGAACGGAAUAUGGUAGUAGGAAAAGCCCAAUCAGAUAAAAAAGAUUACCUCUGCAGUUGUAUUCCGGUUUCUAUACCAACUAUCUGGUCAAUGUGGUCUUCCAAGGAACUCAUUGCAGAUGAGCAACUGAAGAAACCUCUUUUAGCUGAUCCCGAAAACAAAUUAACCAUUGACAAGGAGGUACCAGUGGCAUUGAGAGAUGACCAACAAGGGAAGGUAAUAUUUCCUUCAAAAUUAGACAGUAUUGAAUCAAGCGAUUCCGUGGAAACACAAGAUCCUGCAACUCUUGUACAAAGAAAAGUGGAUGAUUCUGUUUGGCCAAACAAAGUAGAUUCUGUUUUACAGAGCUCAGAGAUCUCUCAAGAUUCUACAGUGAUAAAUAUUGUACAAUCGGAUGAUUUUCAACAAGCAAAUACAGGCACAUCAGUUUCUGAACUCUCAAAAAGACCAAAUACAGAGAUUGCAGAUCUGAAAGUAGUAACUGAUUGGGAUUUACUGAAAAGUAUUGUAUAUGGUGGUUUGACUGUGUCAAUUACAACCCUUGGAGUUGUUUCAUCUACAGCUGGUGGGGAGGCAAAAACAUUGACUGUGAUUGCGAUUGGCCUUGCAAAUUUGGUUGCUGGAUUCUUUCUGAUAAUAAAAAAUAUUUUGUAUCUUGAUCAUUUUCACCGAGAUGAGUUCAUAGAAACAAUCGGACACAGAUUUUGGUUCAAUGGAUUUAUAGCAACAGUUUCCUACCUUAUUUUCGGAUCACUGGCACCAAUUACCUAUGGCUUCUCUUUCCAAAAGAGUGAUGACACGCUGUAUAAAUUCCUUGCAGCAAGUGUAGUAUCUUUGAUUUCUAUCAUCCUGCUUGCUUUAGGGAAGGCUCGAGUUACCAAAAAGUCUUACAUUAAAGUUGUCAUUCUGUAUGUUGUUACUGGUUUUUGGGCAUCUAUUGUUGGUUUUUUUGCAGGCAAAUAUAUUAAGAAGCUACUAGAAAAGUGGGGAUUUACAACUGAUUGAGGAUGCCAACAAUAUCCUGUUCUAACAGUUGAACUACUGUUGCCUAGAGCCUCAUUUUCUGUCUAUUUUCUUAACCAAUUCUGACCAGUUAAAUGUGUCAUCACCACCUUCCCGUAAGGGAUCAAGUUUUUAUUGCUCUGUGCUGCUUCUACCUAGAAUUAACAUUACAUGUGCAGUUAGUGAGGCAUCAAUUUGAAGUGUAUAUAUCAACAGCCAGACAUAUUAUAAGGAAUCGUACUUUACUCUGCAGACCUAUUAUAAGUGUUCUUCAUUUGUCAAAAUUAGUUAGCAUAUUUAAUAAAAUGGGUUUCCAUCUUUUAAUUAUUUAA